UGGAACUGACACAUACGGGGGUCACACUUUGCAAGAGCAAGGUCCACUGACCAGGAAAUUUAGUGCUAAGCCACUACCGUGCAGACAUGAUUUAACGAGGCUUGUUUAGAUUUAAAAUUUAACAUGAGUACUUAUUUUGACAAAUUUAUUCUAAUCUGCGUUUUUUCUUACAUGUGGACUUCAUGUGAAACGCACAGAUUUUGUGGCGACAGAAAGCCAGUUCUGCGUAUUUGCAAGGACGGCAAGGUGCCCGACACGACAACCGUUUUUAUCGAUACCGCUCGUGAUCAACCGUUAAAUGAAAACCCGUGCCAUUGCACGAUUUCUUCAAAUCACAAAGAUAUUCAUGUAAUCAUUGAAUACGUCGAUAGUUCAAAUGGUUCAAAUGCAAAAAACUUUCAAUUUGCUAUCAACAAUAAAACAACCCGUCUAACAACAUUGAGGUAUGAAACAAAACUGGUUUUUCCCACAAGGUUGAGCUUUGUCAAAGGAGGAGUAUGCUUAAAGAUAGCAAAAGAUCCAAAUUUAUCCUCAAGUUCAGAUGUCGGGAAAUUUAAAGUAACAUGUGCAAUGUCAUCAGUUUCUUCGACAGAUUAUGGUACCCGGAAAUCUCAUGCAGUUGCAAUUGUUUUGUCCGUGACAGGAACUUUACUUCUCAUUUCCGGAGCAGUUAUUAUGCUGGUUGCUUUUAAGAGAUAUCGCCUGGCACAAAAAACUCAGCUUCAAAAAAAUGACGACCAUGCGCCAUUGUCAUCAGAGCAUUCAACGACACAAUGUCAAGGACGUCAGACGUACGCUUCCGGUGCGGAACAUUACCUUAAAAUGUCCGAUAACCUUAGUAAAAUAAACAAAUCAUCCUCCAAGCCACUUCGUGAAGAAGAAGAAUCCUACGAGUUGGUUGUUGUAGGCAGGAAUCCCUUGGUAAAAGAUCUGGGCGAAGGUCAAGGUCAACAGAAUACCAGGCCACAUAUAUACGAAAACACGCUCGCUCAAGCCGAGUCCCGCACUAAUAGCAAAGCCUUAUAUGUAAACACUCGAUAGAUAUCUACACAAUAUAAUAUAAAUAUAAGAGCCGCGUCACACCAAAACCAACAUAAUGCGUUUUAUUUUGUUAACGAAAGUAGCAAAUUAAGACAAUACAAUAAAGCACAAGUAGAGAUUUUGAUGCUAAAGCAUCAAGUCGCCGGAUAGAAAAUGACUGUAUUAUCAUAAAUAUAAAAACAAUCAGUUUAAUUAAUGGUUCAGGUAUAAAGAAAAGAGGAACAAUUUAUGUUGAGUAACUGUUUAUUCACAAUAAAACAUCAUAUAUGAAGCAAACUUGCUUAGCAAUAUUGUUAAGGAACUGCUAUGAUUAUUAAGCAAGUAUUUCGUACGUUAGUUUACGUAAUUUAUUAUGAUUUAUGCUAAAGAUUUUAUUGAUAGUAUAGAUCUCGAUAUUAAAUUAAUUAAUAUGUGGUAAGUAUAGGACGAAGUUGUGACCUAGUAGGCCAAAUUCGAAUCUUUGAAAAUCCCUUUUGCAGUUUUCAUAAAACUAUUUUUUUGCGCUAUCGAAAAAAAUAAGCUAUUUAGUUGAAAUAAAUAUUCCUGUCGUUACAUACGAUAUAGUUAACGUUUAAUUGCCUUUCAGUUCGAUAAAAUAUUAACAAAAAGAUAUUUUAUUAGUUUUCAUUAUUAUGUGUCGUACCGUUUUGGUAACCUGCGCGACGGAAAUCGACGGAAUAUAACGAAGACGACGAUUACCACUAUUUAUUUCAAUAAAUGUGCCUCUUUAGCAUAAAUCUAUUUUGUGAUGUUCAACCUAAACUAAACUAUUGAACAUUGACAGAAAGGGCAAAAUUUAACCCUUUACCAAGAUAAAAUGAAAAGGUUUUGAAAAUUUAUUUAAUUCUUUAAUGUACUAAUCCUUUCUAAUGAUAUAAAAUAUGAAACUGAUUAAUGAAAGAUAACUUUGUAAUUAUUUAUACAUUUGCAUCUAAUUAGCCCCCAUACCGUUUUCCAACUAGUAUGUCUUAUCAGCAAUCUGUUACUAUUAAUAGAUUCUAUAACACUAACAUACAACGUGUAGUCACGUGAUUCUUACAAUAGAACAGGGAGAAUCUGUUUAUAAUUAGAUAAAAUAAUGAAAUAUAAUAGGUGUCAUAAGAUAUAAAACAACCAGAUAAUUUAAAUGUGUCAUUUUAAAUAUCAUUCAUGAUUUAUCAAUCAUAAAAUAGCAACGCUUGACACUUAGAAAAAAGUAAAAGUAUCCCUAAAUUCAAUGACUGGUCCAUAGGGAUACGUUAUUAAUUCAUUUUAUGAAAAUUGUAAUGUUGCUUUUUAAGAUGUCAAUAUUUGUAUAUUUCAUUUCAUUUAGCAACGUUAAUUUAUUUUUGAAUUUUUAAGAUUCUGAAAAAUAAUUGUGGUCCUUAAUUGUUCAGUAAUUGAUUUGCUUUUAUUUUCAGAUUUUAAGGCCUUCUCCUACCAUAGAUAUAAUAUUAAACUGUUACAAAUAUAGUCGCCGGUUUCUACCGGCGACUAAUCAUAGAUACACAUAAUUGAGC